AUGGAACAAGAUGGUGGACACCAAAGCACUGAACUUGACAAUGACAAGGGAGAGGAGGAGCAUGAGAUGGAGGAGCUGAGCAGGGUCAUAGGAGACCGACAGGUGCAGGUUGCCGAUAGGAAAAACCUUCCUUUCACUGACGCCGUCAUCCAUGAGACACAGAGACUGAGCAGCAUCGUCCCCACUGCACUCCCUCACAAAACCACCAGAGACAUCACUUUUCAGGGUCACUUUAUUGAGAAGGGAACCACAGUGUUUCCUCUCUUGACAUCUGCCCUGCAUGAUCCCAACGAGUGGGAGAGACCGCACAGCUUUAAUCCUGCUCACUUCCUGGACAAAGAGAAAAAGUUUGUCAAGCGAGAUGCCUUCAUUCCAUUUUCUGCAGGUCGCAGGGUUUGCCUCGGAGAGAGUCUGGCCAGGAUGGAGCUCUUCCUCUUCUUCACCACCCUCCUGCAACAUUUUCGUUUCACUCCUGCACCUGGAGUUUCAGAAGAAGAGUUAGAUCUGACUCCAGUUGUGGGCAUUGCUCUCAGCCCUUCACCUCACAAACUAUGUGCUAUUCCCUGUAUGUAAGAAGGAGGCAGUCUAUACAGGGUGGGCCAUUUAUAUGGAUACACCGUAAUAAAAUGGGA